GAGAAACAGAUGUGCACUGUGUCUAUUUUUUUAGUCACCGGUGCGCUGUGUCUAUUUUUUCAGUCGGCCGGGGCACAUGGUCCAACCUUUAAACAAAUUGAAUUGACAUGGCCACUUGCUUAGUGGCCUCCCACUGACUUGAUGUAUAAAAUCAUCGCCGUGCAUGCAAAGAAAAGCAGAGUUCUUGUGAAGCGGGGACACUGGAUUCCAAUCAACUCCGGACUUCGUGGUAGCUUUGGUGGUUCGCGGAGGAAAAUAUCAGAGUGAUAUCAAAAGGACCAUUGCACAGUUGGAAGGAAACAAGAAGAAGGAAUUCGCAGGAUGGAGAGCACCCUGAAGGCGAUCAGAGAUGGAGAGUCGGUGCUGGACCUCAGCCCAAGAUCCGUCGUCAGCGGCGGCGUUGAGGAUAUUUACGGCGAGGAUCGCGCCACCGAGGAUCAACUCGUCACCCCCUGGACUUACUCAGUUGCCAGUGGUUACGCUUUGUUGAGGGAUCCUCAGUACAACAAGGGGCUUGCUUUCACUGAGAAAGAGAGGGAUGCUCACUAUUUGCGUGGACUCCUCCCUCCCGUGGUUAGCUCCCAACAACUUCAGGAGAAGAAACUGAUGAACAACAUCCGACAAUAUCAGGUCCCGUUGCAAAAGUAUAUGGCAAUGAUGGACCUUCAGGAGAGGAACGAGAGGCUGUUUUACAAACUUCUCAUUGACAAUGUUGAGGAAUUGCUCCCAGUUGUUUAUACUCCAACAGUUGGUGAGGCUUGCCAGAAAUACGGAAGCAUCUUCAGGCGUCCUCAGGGCCUCUACAUUAGUUUGAAAGAGAAAGGGAAGAUCCUUGAGGUACUGAAAAACUGGCCUGAGAGGAGUAUUCAGGUCAUAGUUGUAACUGAUGGUGAGCGAAUUUUGGGACUUGGAGAUCUUGGAUGCCAGGGAAUGGGAAUUCCUGUUGGUAAAUUGGCUCUGUACACAGCACUUGGAGGAGUUCGUCCCUCUGCAUGCUUACCCAUAACAAUUGAUGUGGGGACCAACAAUGAGGAAUUGCUGAACAACGAGUUCUACAUUGGACUUAGACAAAAGAGGGCAACUGGACAGGAAUAUAGUGAUCUUCUGCAAGAAUUCAUGACUGCUGUGAAGCAAAACUAUGGAGAAAAAGUUCUUAUACAGUUUGAAGAUUUUGCAAAUCACAAUGCUUUUGAGUUGCUGGCAAAAUAUGGCACAACUCAUCUUGUUUUCAAUGACGAUAUUCAGGGCACUGCAUCUGUUGUUCUUGCUGGGGUUGUUGCAGCAUUGAAGCUCAUUGGUGGCUCUCUGGCCGACCAUACAUUCCUGUUCCUUGGUGCUGGAGAAGCAGGAACUGGUAUUGCAGAGCUAAUAGCUCUUGAGAUGUCAAAGCAGACAAAGAAACCUAUAGAAGAGACUCGCAAGAAGAUAUGGCUUGUAGACUCAAAGGGUUUGAUUGUUAGUUCAAGAAAGAAUUCACUUCAACAUUUCAAGAAGCCUUGGGCUCAUGAACAUGAACCUCUUAACAGUCUCUUAGAAGCUGUCAAGGUAAUCAAGCCUACAGUUUUGAUUGGAUCAUCAGGAGUGGGAAGAACCUUUACGAAGGAAGUGAUUGAGGCUGUAGCUUCAUUCAAUGAAAAACCUCUUAUUUUGGCUCUCUCUAAUCCAACGUCACAGUCUGAGUGUACAGCUGAGGAAGCAUACCAAUGGAGUGGGGGUCGUGCAAUUUUUGCCAGUGGGAGUCCUUUUGAUCCUGUUGAAUACAAGGGCAAAGUCUAUGCUUCUGGCCAGGCAAACAAUGCUUACAUUUUCCCAGGCCUUGGCUUGGGUUUAGUAAUCUCAGGGGCAAUUCGCGUACAUGAUGAUAUGCUUCUAGCAGCCUCGGAAACCCUGGCUAAACAAGUGACAGAGGAUAACUACAAAAAUGGAUUGAUAUACCCACCAUUCUCUGACAUCAGAAAAAUCUCAGCUAAUAUAGCUGCUAAUGUUGCUGCCAAGGCGUAUGAACUAGGGGUGGCUACACGUCUCCCUCGUCCUGAAAAUCUUCUGAAGUAUGCCGAAAGCUGCAUGUAUACUCCUGUCUACCGCAACUAUCGGUGAAUGAUUGGCCCAAACAUGCUAAGAUAUCGGCUCAAAUAAGGAUUUGCGUGUGACAUGUAGAAUAAUGUGCUUUUUAUGCAGCACAUGCAAGAAUGAGUAAUUGUAUGCUUACCAUUAUGAAAAUCUUAUAUCGUGCCAUGUAAUGCCAAUGUGUAACAAAACUCGCCUUGAAAAGUGCUUGAGGAAUCGUGGUGGCCUAAGUUACUUUGCCUUGGCCACUUUGUUUUAGGAAAUAGAGCCUCUGGCUCUUGUCCCUGUAAUGGCCUACUGGCUUAGUUAUGACUAAAACUUACUCCCCCGUGCACGGGGAGAUCAAAUUGCAUGUGGAAUUUUUACCUUGAAUAUGAAAUGGAAGUUCGUAAAAAA